UAGGAGCGCGGGCGGGGCGGUAAGCGGGCAGGCGGGCGGCGCGAAGCGGCAGUCAGCGCUCGCGGCUGAGUGGAACUGAAGCGGCCGCGGGCUCGAGCCGCCUUCCCUGCGCACCCAUGGCGUUGCCGCGCCGCGCCGCCAUCCCUAGAGGGGUUGAGAAUGCUGUGAAUGAACUUAAUUAUAAAGCUAAAACACAAGUGACUGGCAAAAGGGCUGCUUUGGAAGAAAUAGGAAACAAAGUUUCAACACGAGGAACUUAUAUAGCUAAGAAAACAGAACGUUUCAAACCAUCUAUAAAGCCUGCAAAAGGACCUAGUAAGAUGACAAAUACAAUUGCACUACCUAAACCUCCAGCUGUUGUGAAUCAAGUAUCCAAAGAAACAAGUGUUCCAAAGGUUCUCUCUCCAGUUCCCAUGGAUGUGUCUAUGCAAGAAGAGGAUUUGUGCCAAGCCUUCUCUGAUGUGUUGCUCAACAGUGUAGAAGACAUUGAUGCUGAGGACUGGGAGAACCCCCAGCUUUGUAGUGACUAUGUAAAAGAUAUCUAUCUUUAUCUGAGACAGCUUGAGCUACAGCAAUCGGUGCGCCCCCGUUACCUUGAUGGGAAGGCGAUCAAUGGGCGUAUGCGUGCAAUUUUAGUUGACUGGCUCGUCCAGGUUCACUCAAGAUUUCAGCUUUUGCAGGAGACGCUGUAUAUGUGUGUUGCAGUUAUGGAUCGCUUCUUACAAAGUCAUCCGGUACCCCGCAAGAGGCUUCAGUUGGUGGGUGUAACAGCACUGCUUCUUGCUUCCAAAUACGAAGAGAUGUUCUCUCCUGAUGUAGCAGAUUUUGUUUACAUUACUGACAAUGCCUACACCAGUGAUGAAGUUAGAGAAAUGGAAAUCGUGAUUCUCAAAGAGUUGAACUUUGAUUUGGGGCGUCCUCUUCCACUUCACUUCUUAAGAAGAGCAUCAAAAGCUGGUGAGGCUGAUGCUGAGCAACAUACACUAGCAAAGUAUCUAAUGGAGCUGACUCUGGUGGAUUAUGACAUGGUGCACCAUCAUCCUUCAGAGAUUGCAGCUGCUGCAUUAUGCUUGUCACAAAAGAUUCUGGGACGUAACAAAUGGGGUAUGAAGCAGCAGUACUAUACUGGAUAUUCAGAAGACAGUCUUGGGAUAACUAUGAAACACAUGGCCAAGAACAUUGUCAAAGUAAAUGAGAAUUUAACAAAAUACACUGCUGUAAAGAACAAGUAUGCAAGUAGCAAACUCCUGAUGAUCAGCACAAUCCCUCAACUGAACUGCAGGAUAAUCAAGGACCUAGCUUCAUCACUCGUAUGAUAACUCUAGGCAGACAAGUUCUGAUGAUCCAUGCACUUUGUCCUCAUUUGCCUAUUAGGGCAAACAUGCUGCUCUUUUUACAUAGCCUUUCAGCCUUACCACAGACAUUUCAGGCUUGCUCUGAAAGUGACCUUUUAAACUUGCUUUGUAAUACAAUGCUAUACCUAGAAAUAAAGCUCCUUUUUAAAAAAAAAAAAAAAAAAAAAAAACACUGAAAAAAAACCCUGAUAUUUGCAGUGAAUAUCGCAACUGUGAGUCUUGAAGGCACUACCUAGACAUGUCUGCAGUCUGAUGUCCAAGCAGGACACUGGAUUAUGUAGAUGACUGAUGCAGCUUGCAGUCAGAAGUGGAUGAUUAACUCAUUGACUGUUGACUCCUAGCUUCAUAGUGGCUUAUGCUUGAUAAUUUUUUUUGUUCUCACUCUUAAGGUAAGAAAGAGCAGGCAGACAGUUCAUCUUUUCUUGGUGUAUCUUAAAGGAUACCUAAAUAUCUGGUUUGUCUCGACAUCUUGUCCCAUAAGAGCAUACAAAAACUUCUUUUUUUAAUGUGCUGUCAACUCGGAGCUAGGGAAAGUAGUAGGCUGUCUAUAUUGCAUCAUAUUAGCCUUUUAAGUCCCUGUGUUGAGUGACUGUAAGAUGUGUUCUUUAUCUUCGUGUGCCUAAACAAAGGGAAUUUUCUUAAGUAUGAUGUGAUGCAUUGUAUGUGCAUUGGCCAUAGAUGUGGAACUAAGGGGAGGAGAACUUUGAAGCAGGUCAGCUCUUAAACCCUGCUCCACUACCUGGAUCCAGCUCUUCAGUGCCUACAGUCAAACCCACCACAAGUAGAUUCUUCCAUAUUGCUUCUAAAAUUUUGCUUUCCUUUCUUUGUUUCUAAUGAAUGUAGGUAUCUGUAUGCUCAAAGGAAUAGAAGUAAUGCAGCUUUUUUGCCUUGAUACUUCAUUUAAGCCUAUUCCUUACCUCAGUGUUGCAUGUUCAGUUCCAUACUCUUAACGAGUAUUUCAUUAGUUGUGCUGAAUUCAAUGUUUCCCUUUCCCCAGUAUGUUUUUUCCCUGUGUAGAUGUGCAGGUGUUGAUGUACAGGGGGGAAGCUAAUGCCUUCCUAUGGAAGAAUGUUGAAGUUGCAGGCUUUUAUCUCCUUGAGCAAGAGAUUUGUUUUCUCCUAUGGUAUAAGUAUGCCAAGCACUGUUACUGCUAAUGGGGUAUACAACUGCCUCCUGGACUGAGGCCCUAGUUUCUAGCUUCCAGUCCAGAUGCAAAGAAACAACUUCUGCAGUCAGUGAGCUCCUACUGGUGCCCGUGGAGUUUGUGCACCUAAAUUAGGCUUAGGCAAUGGCUUGUGAGGGAGGGAAUUCAAGCUCUUUUUUGUGCGGUGUGGUUUUUAUUUUAAUUUUCUUUGUGGUUUUGGGGGGGGGGGGGGUUCCUACACCUUAAAUCCUGUGCAAUUUUUCUUUAAUACCAACUUUUUUUAAUCUGCUCUUAAUCAGAAAAAUGCACUGCACCUAGCAGUUCAUUUGGGUGCAGGGAAAACAGUUCUGUGUUUGGAGAGGAAGGGGAUUUCUUUAGAAACCUAUGCAGUAAAAGCCAACAAACUUACAUUAUGAAGAGAUUUGCUGGUAUAGGUUCCUGAAAACAAACUGUACAAUGAAUAGAACAGUUCAGCUAACUGUUUCUUGUGUUUUAUUUCAUGGAGGUUCAGAAGACAAAGCAUGAAUGCUGAUAUCUGUAUGGCAAGCAACAGCCAUUUUGAAUGGUGUGGGAGGCAAUCAGACUUGAGCAAUAACACUUUUUACCAUUUAAAAGGAAGAGUGCAUAUCUGUAAGUACCUGGCAUAAAAAUCUAGUAAAACUACGUUAUUCAUAAGAACAGUGGACUACUACAUUAUACAUUCAUAUAUGUUUCUACCAUAAUCAGGUUUCUAUAUACAGUAUAUGAUCUGUUUCUAUAAAUGUACAGCUCUGCAUAAAGACACUUCUUAGAACAGGUAGAGCAUUAAACAUAAAUCCAACAUGGGCCAGCCAUAUUCUAAUAUAAAUCUUGGAGAAGGCAACAUUGUUUAGCAUACAGUACUGCAUCAUUUUCUGUUUUGUCUUUUUAUAGUGCCUGUUGGAGUCCCUAAAUACAUCAGCAAACACAAGUCAGUUCCAUUAUGCCUCUGUACAGAAUUAUUUAAAUAUACCAUCACAGUCGAUUUUUAGAUGGUAGUAUCCCAAGUGAUCCUAAAUCUUUUUGACAUGUAGCAGCAUACUUAACAUGUUCCCCAGAAUGAUCUGCAUUAGAGGAAGUGUCCAUUUAACAUUAUCUUCAUUAGAUAAUUAAAAAGAUUACUAAUAUUCAACUAAAAGGCACUUAUUAAAUACACCCCUUUCAAAGUCCCUGGUCCCAGAUUGCAAAGCACCUUUCAGUUUCAGGAAGAUAGUAGGUUUAAGCAUUCUUCACUCACUGGGUGUUAAAACCAGGUUUUAAAUAUAAUAAAUAAUUUGUCAGUAUGUCCAUUGUGUGUUUCUGAGGCAAAGAUCAAAGUUUGCACUGUGGAAAGCUAACUGAUUUUUCCUCCUGCUUGUUCACAACUUCACUGGUGAAAAUGCUGCUGAGAAUGACAGAUCUCAGAGGAACAGUGUCCUGAAGGCAAGGGAAAAUACCUUCAACCACUGGUAGUAAUAUGCCAUUUUUCAUCUGACAAAUCCUUAAUCUUUUAUAUCUUGGUCACGUAAUUGUUGGGAAACAGACCUUGUUUCCCUCGUAGUCUUCCUGUCCACCAACCAGAAGGAUCUAUGACAAAGAAAGAAAAGUAAGCACUGAAGUUCUGUAAUCUUUCCUACUUGUGUCACAGCUGUUUUUGUAUCUUUUUUUUUUUUUUUGAGAUAGCCUUGCAAAACUGUUCCACACAAAGUGGAAGCCUUCUCAUGAAGGACUGAGGAUAAAUAAUUUGGAGAAUCUGAGUUUGCUAAUCUUCUGGCUAUAAUGCUAGGCCUAAUCUGGUUGCUUUGGAAACAUCAGGGAGUUGGAAUGGCUUUAUUUAUUACUUGGUUCUUGUGCUACAGCUGUAGUUUAGGCUUAUUUUCAUCCAGAGCCUGUGAUGGAGCACUCUCUAACAAAAUCUAAAGUCAUACAGUAGGGAAUAAUUCAGCGGAUCUCUCUGGUAUGCUUUUAAGUGCACAAGUUUGAUUGCUGUAGGUGUGAUGACUUCUCUGCUCUGCCUGUUUUUUUUGAGGUAUCACAGGAAUUUUCAAGGAUAAUGAAGGGAAAAUGACUGGGGUAGCUGAAAGUCAUCCUUACUGAUUAUGACAGUGUACCUUCAAGAUCAGUAACUUAUUUGCAAAAGCUUUUGUUACCUGUUUACGUACCUUCUUUGAUUAUAUCAAUCACAUCAUUGGCAUUAAAGCUAAGUUCAUCUGUG